AUGAUUACCCGAUUAGCAUCAGAUUACACCCGACUAGACCCGACCAAAGAAUACUUGCCUUUGCCUGGCAACCCUUCGCUCGAGUCUCUUGACGCCGCCAAGUACUGGUCAAAGGCUUCCCACGACGAAAACUCAACCUUGUUUGGCGAUGCGGCCAACACACGACUGGGUCCACCACUUUCGCUUGUGCUGCUAGUAGACUCCGGAACGUCUGAAACACUCCGAGCCCCCGACGAGCCGUCUUUCGCCGAAUCAGCACUACUUGCGGCGGGCGUUGGCAACCAGAUGUCGUCCUGGGAGUCCUGGGAUCUCUCAGACUCACCACUGUCGCUCUCUUUUAACGCAGCGGCCCCCGUCAGCGGCCGCUUAUGGGCUGCACGCACGCGGAGAUCCAUUCAGCCCCGUACGGUUCCCGCUCCCCCUUUCGAAGUUUUGGGGCUGGCAGCGCACUGA